ACUGGCCCGGUAGUAUUGAGGGGCGCAUGUGACGGGCCGAAUGCCGUGUACCACCGUGCGUGCAGUGACCCGAACUGUGAAGCGGUGAACUCCAAAGCGAAUUAUAACCUUUAAGUUAAACAUUUUAUUUUACUUUUUAGUCCCUUUGAACUUAGAAAGCGAUGCAAGAAGUAGAAAACACAGCAGCCAACAAUACAAUGUCAACGCCCAGGCCUCAGUGGUUCUUGUUCUGCCGUCGAAAAGGAAGCAGCCAUUGGUAGAAGAGCCAAGAAGAUAACGUAAUCUUUACUAAACAAAGAUGUUAUUGAAGAAACCAGUUCAGCUGAAUAGCACGCGGUUGUUGCCAAUGCUUCUGUUUGAGCUUCUACUUCUGAACGUCUCCUAUGGAACCACAUACAAUCUCACAGCCAUCGACCAUGCUGUAAACACCACAGCCCUAACUGAGUCACCGGGUGGGAGUGUGACCCAGUGCGCAGUCCGCUGCCGUCGCCACCUGGCCUGCGUCUCCAUCGAGACAUCCUCCACCUCCUGCCGUCUGCUAGCUGCCGUUCCCUCCGCCGACCAGCUGACCCUCUCCCCGGGGGUACGGGUGUUCACUGACGUAGCCGCUCCUCCACCGGACCACCGCGUACCCCACCAGUGUCCCUCCAACUGGCAGAGAGUCGGCAACGCCUGCUACUUGAUCAUCCCUUCCGACACCGAGUCUGGCUUCUGGGAGGAGGACAGAAACCUCUGCAAGAGCAAGUUCCACGCCGCCACCCUCCUGACCAUCGAGUCUGAGGAGCAACUGACGUACAUCAAAGGAGCGGUAAGCGGCCGUGCCUGGACUGACAUCAGAUACAUCAACGGCACCUUCCAGCCGGCCGGAGGGUCGCCGCACACCUUCUGGAAGGAGCUCUGGUGCGACGGAGAGCCUCAGCAGAAUGAUGAUGGUUUCGUGUUCUUCCUUCAGGGCCAGGGAGAUUGUCUUCAUGCGGAGACAUAUGCUGUCUCAACUUCUUUCCGCAUGCCUCGUACGAAUGUCGUUUGUGCCAUCUAUGCAGGAAACUAGUGGUGGUUUGAGGGACGAAUCAAUCACAAAAUGAGUGUGUAAAUCCGUCUCCUUUUUCACGCCAUUUCGUCUUCAUAUGAGUGGUGCGUGAAAAACUACUCACAUGUGCAGAAUUUCGAUAAUGCAGGCUACGGUGUGACAUUUUGUUAGGAUUGUAUGUUUUCUUUGCGUGUGAAACAGUGUGAAAGAAUGACGUUUAUGACUUCACAAUACUCAUCAAUUAUGCUCGGUUACGUCUAACAUGUAAAUGCUACCGUCUGUAAUACGAGUAUAUGUCUUUACAAUAAACGUGCUACAAGAUCAGAAUGAGAUUUAACCCUUGCUAACAAAUGAUGCACAGCAAUUGUUUGAACAUUCAAUAAACGGCUAAUCAUAUUGGACGAA